ACAUGCGCGCAACUAGUUUGUCUGUUCGUACUUGCUGGUUGAGAAGCAUGUGCGGAUUUAAUCGAAUGGAAAGCAAACUACAACACGGCGAGUGCUGACGCUCUCCGGGAAUGCAGUGGACCAUAACUCUGGGAAUGCGAUAGUGUACUGACGACGGUUUAUAUUCACUUUUUUUUUUCCCCUUGGGAUGAUUUGGAGUGAAUCUGCUUGAACUGAGUAAAGUCUCGGCGCUUCUGGCACUGACAGUGACUUAAAGGAGGGGGCGGGGGGUGGUUAGGAGUGUUCAUUCGUAGCCUUCCAUAUUGUAGUGUAACCGUCCUGGCAAGCUGUGGUCUGUCAGCCUACGGUUUUUUUUUCUCUGUCAGGAGAACCGUCAUAUUGAGUUUUCAGGCGCUGGAAGCAGGACGGCAAGGCAAAGUGAACGAAUCUGAACGUGACUACAUUGUCAGAUGAGACCAAUUACAACAAGCGCAGGCUUCUGCUGGCUCACUCGUGCUACAGGAGUAUUGUUAGCUACUGCCUUAUUAGUACUACUUGCUGUCGGUGGCGGCGCAUUGGACUGAGCUCACUGGAUUGAUAAACAGCAGGUCUUGGGGGGCCGAGAGGACGGCAAAAUACAGUUUGAAAUCGUGCCUUUCUGUUUGUUUUUCGCCUUUCCUUUUGCAAGGAAACUUGCGUUUCCGAGAGAGACACGAGGUGGUCGCCGAACCGCUGCACAAACAUCGGAGACGAAGGGGAGAAGAGAGCAGGACCCGAGACUGGUCACCUCAUGCUAGAGAGGUGUUUGAAAGGGCUACGCUGCUGAGAUCUUUGUGUUCUUCGGAAUUACCUUUUUUUUAAAAAAAUUCAUGCCUGAACACUAGGAGUGUUGUAAAUAAUUGAAGACACUUGUCACGGUCUUUCACUUUGUAUGGCGUCACAAUACGGUAGACUGGUCGUGCUGUGGCGCGUCACAGCUCUUGAGCAUUUCUAAGUAAAUAAUCCAUUAAGCUGUGUACUGUAGUGCAAGCCGAGAGGGGGAUAGGCCACGUCAGUUUCCCCAGCACAAGCAAACACAUGCUUUUCUAUUUCUUACUCGGCUGGUUCACUAGGGGCAGCAGCUACUCAUUGCUUUUCGUUGCCUUAUCAGCGUGUUUGUUUUCUUUUAACCAGAAGACGUUUUCGGACUAGAAGAACUUUUUUUUUUCUUUUUUGAAAAGGAAAAUUUAUUUAUGAACUAUCAACCUGAAGUUUUUUUUUCCGUUUCAGAAAGCCUGAUGCAGCUUUAUUGCCGUUGUUUUUGCGGGUUAUGGUAACUCGGGAUUUUUUUUCUUCUAAGCACAUCUAUGUGAUAGCUAGAAUAUCGUGUCAAGGGUUUACAACAGUACCGCUUUGAAUCCGUUUUAAAACGAGAUUUGCGGGAUGUCCACAGAAGUUGAAACUUCUGUUUUGCAAUCCUCAGAUCGUGUCAGUGGGGUAACUGCUGACUCCACUGGGGGAGAUAAAAACCAUAACGAAUCGCAAAUCGAUCAGCCACCGACGGGGGACGAAAUCAGCCCAAGCCAGCAGCUGAGGGAGCCGGACCAGAAGCACCAUGUGGAAAACAAGGGACAGGUGGUGAAAGAAGCCCAGAUCGAGAUCGUUACUAAAGACGAAGUACACACUAACAAAGGAAAUGACCAAAACGUCUCCAGCGACAUCAAUCCCGAUAAGGGGGAGAAACCAAAGAAAAACAUACUCGAAGCACCGCCUCCGAAAGUUAACCCCUGGACUAAGAAGAACAUGUCUCCCACAAACAGCACUAUAAAUAUCGACCCCCAGGAAUCAGAGCAACAUGGCUCAACCAAAGUGAUUCGGGCUGGAAAGUCAAAGAGUCGGAAGUCCAAUAAGUCAAGUGACUUCAGUGACAUUACCAACUGGCCGACCCCGGGGGAAAUCGCCCACAAAGAGCAGCACCAGAACAUCAUCAACACUCAGGGCAAGAAGGCUCCUCCAGCCAGGAAGGAGAAGGAGAAGAAGAAGGAGAAGCUGGAGAAGAAAGACCACAGCAGUGAGAGCAAGGAGAACCGGGACACGCAGGCGGACCCUCCAGAGGAGAGUUGCGUUGAUGAGGAGUCCCUGUCGGCCGCCAUGAAGAAGAGAGGUGGUAACAAACAUAAAUGGGUCCCACUACCACUAGAAGACUCCAGUCAGGACGACCAGGAAAGACCCAGCUCCCGAAACAGCUCUCGUUCGCGCUCAGAAUCCGACAGGGCCCUGCCCAAUAACAGAAGGAAUGAUUAUGCAAGGAGCUGGCGGCGUGAGCGCAGGGAGGACCUGGACGAGGUGUCGAGCGUCCGCAGCGAGGGCGCUAACCUGAGGGGAGGCUUCCGAGGCCGGGGCAGGGGUCGAGGGCGGGUGAGAGGGCGUGGCAGAGGUCCGCACAUGCACUACGACUACCCUUAUGGGUAUAGAGAGCCAUACAUGGAGGCUUCUGAUGUACAGUACCAGGGUGAAUACAGCACCAACAUGAUGUAUUACUACGACGAUGGCACCGGAGUGCAGGUGUACCCUGUGGACGAAAAUCUACUGAAAGAGUACAUCAAGCGACAAAUCGAGUACUACUUCAGCCCGGAAAAUCUGGAAAGGGACUUCUUCCUGAGGAGAAAGAUGGAUGACAAAGGCUUCCUUCCCAUCUCCCUCAUAGCCAGUUUUCAUCGCGUACAAGCACUCACAACAGAUGUCAGUCUCAUCUUUGAGGCUCUGAAGGACAGCACCGAGGUGGAGCUGACCGACCAGAAGAUCCGGACGAAGGUGGAACCGGAGCGCUGGCCCAUUCCUGGCCCCCCCACCCUCGAUGCACCCCGAACCGACUUCUCCCAGCUCAUUAACUGCCCUGAGUUCAUACCAGGUCAGGCCUUCACCUCACAGGCCACCGGGUCUGCUCCCAGUUCUCCUAGAGCAGCCAGCACAGGGAUAAUGAGGAAGAGUGUGGAGCCCAGCAACCUGCAGAGCAUGUCCAAGGGCUUGUCCACCAGCCUGCCCGACCUGGAGUCUGAGCCCUGGAUAGAGGUCAAGAAACGCCACCGGCCCUCUCCUGCCAGGCCUAAGGAUGUUGAUAUUGCUCUGUCCAGUAAUAACCCCCCACGCCCUGACACCAAGACGGAGUCUGUCCCUGCUGCAGUUGAGUAUUGUGAUGUCCAGACAUGGAUGUUGUUCCCUGCGGAGAAGACCACAGAGGUCUUCCUCCCAGCAGUCCUCCAGACCCAAGAGAGCGCGCCCCCUCCAGAGCCCAGCCCAAAGACGGAGCCUGAGCAGGAAGAGCUGGACUUCCUGUUUGACGAAGAGAUGGAGCACCUGGCUGGACGCAAGAACACCUUCACCGACUGGUCGGACGACGACUCCGACUACGAGAUCGACGACCACGACGUCAACAAGAUCCUCAUCGUCACCCAGACUCCUCCUCACCUGCGCAAGCACCCGGGGGGGGAUCGCACUGGCAACCACAUCUCCCGCGCCAAGAUCUCGGCCGACUUGGCCAAGGCCAUCAAUGACGGGCUGUACUACUACGAGCAGGACCUGUGGAUGGACGAGAGCGAGACCGAGUACGCCACCAUAAAACAGGAGGUAGAGAACUUCAAGAAGCUGAAUCUGAUCAGCAAAGAGCAAUUUGAAACCCUGGCCCCUGAACCUCCUAUUGACCCCAACCAGGAAGUGCCCCCAUGUCCCCCCAGGCCACAGUCAGAUUUAACAGAGGAGUUAGCAAACAAGCUGUUUGGUGCUGCCGAACCCCCAGUGUCUAAUACUGCCCGCUCUUUGCCAACAACUGUGCCAGAUUCUCCAGUAGCACACGCUGCCAGAACGCCCAAAACUCCCCGCACGCCCCGACUCCAAGAUCCCAACAAAACUCCGCGUUUCUACCCUGUUGUCAAGGAUGGAGGCAACAUCGAUGGAAAGACCCCCAGGAAGAGGAAGACCAGGCACAGCUCUAACCCGCCGCUGGAGUGUCAUGUGGGCUGGGUGAUGGACUCACGGGAGCACAGGCCACGCACCUCCUCCGUCAGCAGCUCCAAUGCCUCCCCCUCAGAAGGCGCCCCUCUCGUCGGAAGUUACGGCUGUACUCCACACUCGCUGCCCAAGUUCCAGCACCCUUCUCAUGAGCUGCUCCAGGAGAAUGGCUUCACACAGCAGGUUUACCACAAAUACCGCAGGAGGUGCCUCAACGAGAGAAAACGGUUGGGAAUCGGUCAGUCCCAAGAAAUGAACACCUUGUUCAGGUUUUGGUCAUUCUUCCUGCGAGACCAUUUUAACAGGAAGAUGUAUGAGGAGUUUAAGCAGUAUGCUUUAGAAGAUGCCAAGGAAAACUACAGGUACGGACUGGAGUGUCUCUUCCGCUUCUACAGCUAUGGCUUGGAGAAGAGAUUCCGUCCAGAUAUCUUUAAGGACUUCCAGGAAGAAACUCUCAGGGAUUAUGAAACAGGACAGUUGUAUGGUCUGGAGAAGUUUUGGGCCUUCUUGAAAUACUCUCAGACCAAGAACCAAAGCAUCGACCCCAAGCUGCAGAAGCAUCUGAGCAAGUUCAAGCGGCUCGAGGACUUCAGGGUGGACCCCCCGAUGGGUGAGGAGGUGGGCCGAAGGAGACGUCACUCAUCAUCAACGGGGGAGGAAGGGGGACGCCGGAGACAUCCUUCCAACUCCUCCUCGAAGCCAGUCAGUGCUGCUAAACCCACUCCCUCUAACCAGCCACCGGCCCCUGGCACUACCGCCUCUUCCCAGCAUGCACCCAAAGACAGUGCGGGACUGCCCAGCACCCUGGAUGGGAAGAGAGCCCAGAUGGGGGCCGGCAAAGCCAAAGACGCCGAGACAACUGACAAAUAAAAACACUUCACAAACUUCUGUGAUACCCGUUUCUGUGAGAAAAUAGUCAAGAAAUUGUACCAGUAUUUUCAGCUCAAGGAUGUCUUGAGGGGUCAUGCCAAAACAAAUUCUUGUAGUCACCUUGGAAUGUUUCACUCAAGUCUUGUCCAACAUAACUCAAGAUCCUGUUUGAUUUUCUGUCAAGUUUCCUUGUUAUGGGGAUCUAGAAAAUAAGAAUCAGGGAAUUAACAUUCACAUGAUUUUCUUGGGCUAAAGACGUUUACAAAAAUGCAUUCCUGCAUUGUAUGCAAAAAAAAAAAAACAAAUUUGGGAUGCCUUACGUUUCAAUAAGGAUUUCUUACUUCUUAAAGAAGACUGAGUUUGGAGUCCAUUUACAGCAUUUAAUGCUUUUGUUUUUAUUUGCGCCUGUUGUUAAGAAUAUCAAAUUAUAUCAGAUUUGGCUACAGUAGAGGGAAAUCGGGUCUCUUGCUUGAAGUGAACAAGUGUUAACAAAUGGGACGUGAACCCAGUGCUGGUUUGUGUCAUGUAGUGGACAUGAAGAGGUUGGCAGUGGUUGCAUUUUUGUGGAAAUUGUAAUAAAAGGUCUUAUCGAAUGGUUACAUUUUGAAGGUUUUAGUAAGGGAUUUUGCAGGGAAGAAGAUGAAAGCUAAAUGAACAUCUUUGAAGACUAAUAGUUUUAUUUUUCCUCUGGAAUCGCUAAUAAACAAUUGCACUGCUACUUAAUGUGUAUACCACAGCAGGGGCUGAAAUAAAUUAUCCUCAGGUUUGAAGAAAAUUUGAGGAUAUAGCCUUAGUCUACAUUAAUUUAAUGCCUAGAAUGUCUCUGUAGGCAUGCAGAACAGAUUUUUUUUUUAUCGCUGUAAAGGAUCUUAGCUGGGGUAUUUUGGGUGGGGAAUUUCUUUAAAUUUUUUUUUUUGAUGACAUGAUUUAACUUUUUUCUUUCUGUUCAUAGUGGAUUAAUCUUGAAAUUGAGUCUAUAUUUAAAAUCAUGGUCACUGGAGGUUGUAUUUUAACCUUGGUGUUGCUUUAAUGUCUACCCAAUUGAGUGCUUUGGGUAGACUUAAUUGAGUCUGGAUGGUAGCUAAUGUUUGUAAUAGCAAAGUUUCUGCAGUACUUAAGUUAUAUUUCCAGUGUCAUCCAAACAGGAUUUCAUUGUCUCUAGUAUAAUUACAUAUCGGCCAUAUGUAUCAGUCAACCUCCAGGUGAAGGCGCAAUUGUACAAUAUUUGGAUUGAAGACUGUAUAUACAAGUAAUCAGUAUUUACUCAUCUUUUUGUUGAAUGAAAUGUGUGCCCAUUUAUCUUUUGCGUGUGUGCUAAUUUGUGGUAAUUUUCUUCUGUUCAGUUUUAUAAAAAUGCCUAUAAAAACAACAAAAUCAAUUGUAAAAAGCCA